AUGGGAAGUAUCGGUUCCUUCCUGUCUUUUCGGAAAACAGGAGCGACUCGACCAAGCAGGCAGGUGCAGACACAAAAUGGAAUAGUGGAAGGAUUUCGCUUAGAUAUAGGUUCAGGUAAAGAAGUUGAUCUCUUCCUUGGUAUACCUUUUGCCAGUCCUCCAAUAGGCGAACUCCGCUUCAAGGCAGGUCACAGCGUGAUGGUCUAUGUCCAUGGUGGUGGUUACUUGAUAGAUUCUGCCGUCAAAUAUGGUGACAAAGGCAUUGCAAAGUAUCUCUGCCGACAUAAUGUUGUUGUGGUUACCAUACAAUAUCGCUUGGGGCUAUUGGGAUUUUUCUCAACAGGAGAUGAUGUUUGUCCUGGAAAUCUCGGCUUAUGGGACAUGACUAUGGCAUUGCAGUGGGUUCAUGAUAACAUAAAAGCCUUUGGUGGAAAUCCCAACAAAGUAACUGUGUUUGGACAAAGUGCCGGAGGAGCUAGCGUUGAUUUACUGGCUCUAAGUCCCCAUUCCAGAGGUACAGAUUGCUCAGCAAAAAAACUUUUACUUUCCUCUAAGCAAACUCCCUUAGAUUUGUUUCAACAAGUGGUGCCAAUGGCAGGAAAUGCUGAGUGUACGUGGAGUACUGUGAACCAUUCACGGCUAGUUGACUCUUGCAAAGAGUUUGCACGAAGGCGGGGAUGGCAAGGUGAAAAUUACGACACCCAUUCAAGCGAAGACAUGCUUGAUUUUCUCAGACAUCGGAAAGUGAAGGAGUUUGAAAAACGUCUCAUCACUGCGAAGGGGAUGGAUGUUUCAAAAAUUGGCCUCGACCUGGCCCCGGCAAUCGGCACAUCACCUGAUGACUUUCUUCCCAAAAGCAUUGACGAGCUGCGAGCUGAAGCGCCCAAGAAGAGAUGUCUUGUUGGCACCUGCCAACACGAGGGCCUCCUUUUUGCAACACUAUCUCCGGGUAAUUUCAAUAUGAAAGGAUUUGAAAAAUUGCUGUCUAUUGUCAUAACACCUGAAAAUCACGCAAAUUACGAAGAACUACGAAAGCAGGCACGAGAAUUGUAUCUAUCUGGUGUGAAUCUCGAUGAUAAAUUGGAAGUGGCCAAAGCAUACGUAAAGUUAUACAGCGAUCUCUUUGUAAAUAAUGGCACGUACAACUAUGCAGAAAAGAUGACACAAUUGGGAAAUCGUGUGUAUCUCUAUUCAUUUGAGUAUUUCAAUCCACAAAGUUUUGGAAUACUUUCAAUAAGAAUGCCUUUUAAAGGUGCAACUCACUGUACUGAGCUGACAUAUCUUUUUGGUGUUUCCAUUAUCUUCGGAUUCCAGUUUACGGAAGCAGAUCAGAGAAUGAUAGAUCUAAUGACGAGAAUGUGGACAAAUUUUGCAAAAUAUGGCCUUUUUUUCAAAAUAACGUCGACAUAUUGUCAACAAAAACUGUGUGCUUCGAAUUUCAGAAAUCCCAAUGGUCCUUACGAAGAUUCUACAGUGCUUAACUUCCUGUGGGAGCCAACUUCAAAGGCUGAUAGCACAAAGUACAUAAUUUUAGAGUAA